AUGAGACAAGACUUCGAAAAUUUUAGAACACCUGUAAUCCUACCUCCUGAACAUCCAGUUGUCUCUAAACUGAUUAUGGAAAAACAUGAACAACAAAUGCAUUGCGGAACUCAGACUUUAAUGGCAAUGCUACGAGAAAAUUUCUGGAUUUUGAAAAGUCGUAAAACUAUUCGUAAAGUGUUGAAAAACUGCACUAAAUGUAGAAGAUUUGAUUCGAGGCCCUCCACGGUACAAUCCGCACCUUUGCCAAAGGACCGUGUUAAAGAUUCUUCUAUUUUUGAAGUGACAGGUAUCGACUUAGCUGGCCCUUUGUUUUUAAAAAAUGGAUCGAAAACGUGGAUCGUUUUAUUUACAUGUGCUGUAUACAGGGCAAUUCAUCUUGAACUUUUAACGUCUUUGUCAACAGAUAACUUUUUAUUGGCUUUCCGACGUUUUAUAGCACGCAGAGGAAGACCUGAAAUUGUCUACACUGAUAACGGUAGUAAUUUUAUUGGUACAAAUUCGCUCUUAAAAAUGAUUGACUGGGAUAAACUUAUUAAAAAUCAUGUUGUCAACCGCAUUAAGUGGAAAUUUAUCCCACCAGCUUCUCCCUGGUGGGGUGGAUUUUGGGAAAGAAUGAUUGGCCUGAUGAUGAAAAACAUUCUCAGAAAAGUUUUAGGUAAUGCCUCACUGAAAUAUGAAGAACUCUAUACGAUCCUCUGUGAUUGCGAAAAUAUCUUAAAUUGCAGACCAUUAACUUAUAUUUCCGAGGACUUGGAACUGGAACCCUUGACACCUGCAAUGUUUUUUCGUGAUCUAAAAGAAAGUGGCGUUCCAGAUCUAGAUAUUAUUGAUGCCAAAUACUUACAAAAAAGGUAUGCAUAUCAGAUGAAGGUUAGAGAAGAUCUAAGAAAACGGUUCAGAACUGAAUACUUAGGACAACUGAAAAACCAUAUUUUAAAAACAGAGAAAUAUGUUAAACUAUCGGUUGGAGACAUUGUGUUAAUAGAAACACCUGAGAAAAGAAUUAAGUGGCCUCUAGGAAAAAUUAUAACACUCAUCCCAGGAAAUGAUGGUGUAGUUCGUUUAGUAAAAUUACGCACCAAAAGUGGCGAAAUCCUUCGACCCAUACAACGAAUUUAUCCGUUGGAAGUCCAUUUACAAACGGAUAAUAUAGGAGACUGUUUGAGAAAGAAGCAUUCUGAUCAAAAAAUGUGUGAUAAGCCUACAACUUCUAUUGGAUCUACAGAGUUUCGUGCCACUGACAAAGAUCAGUCAGAUGAACUCAAUCAGAAUCCCCUCAAAACAACUAGAUGUGGACGAGUGAUUCGAACUCCUGAACGAUUAAACCUCAUGAACUUUCAACCAGACUGUGGCUGAGUUUCAACUUGGUGAAACUCAUCGGGGGGAGUGUGUCGCGAACGACGCACGCUCCGCUUUUGGGGAACGGGUUGAGCCUCCAGACCGACGAGAAUUGAAAAAGAAAGUUUGUUUUUUGAGAACUGGCAACGAUAAGUGUAUGCUUUUAGAACAGUGACGCAGUAGACUAAUGACGCUGUUAGAUAUGUAGAACAAUGAUGCUAAGUAGUUAGAAGUGUUUUUUUGAUAGUGUAAUGAUUUAGAUAUUGUUCCUCUUUUGUGUCAAAUGUCAAAUAAAGUGAUUCAUACAAAAUAGUGCCAAUUUUAGAUGAGUUUGGAACCAAAUCGGAGUCUACAAAAGCGGCGGACCAGAAUCGAAGAACGCGGAUCAUAAAGAUUCUAGAGGAUGAAACUUGAGUGUUACGGGAUAACUGUCGUGUGAUCUAAAAGAAUAAAAUGAGAGUUACAGAAUGUGAAGAUGUGAAAAGCAGCAAAAAAG